GGGAGGGGACGGGGCGAGACGAGACGAGGAGAGGAGAGGAGAGGGGAGGGGAGGACACUCGUGAAGGGGGGAAGGCAGAAGCAGCGAUUGAUCGGAUCGAUUGUGGUCAAGAUAAUCGAUCAGUAGGCGGUCGAUCGGUGCGCGAGGAUUUUUCCCCACGAGGUCGCGACCGACGGGAGGCGUGUUGUGGAUUUGGCGCGGUGUCGUUGCGGGGCGCGGCGCAGAGCUGAUGAGAAGGUAGCUGACUGAUUUUUGGUAUGGUGUGUGCCGUUGUUGUGCGCGAUGAUUUUUGAGAUUUGGAAGGUGGCAGGCAGCUGCAUGUGUGCAAGGUUGUGAUCGGCGGUGUAGUCGGGAAGUAGGAAGGACGCUACGGUCGUCGUAAUUAGCAAUUUGCAGGCGUUCUGGAUGCGCGGAGUAGCUGGUUUCAGGGCUCCUCCGGAAGGAUCUACGGGAAAGAAGAUUGAGUUGAGAGGCGCAAAUGAGGUCGACGUAGUGGGCUGCGGUUUAGGUGACCAGGUGCUUACCACAGGUGCCCGUGCGCGCAUGGAGCUGAGGAAUAGCAAGGUGUAGGUAAUAAGAGGCGGAGCUACACAUCGUCAGCUAUUCCCGACGUGAGAAUAGUCAUCUCAGUCAUUUGGAGAGGAUAUUGCAGGUCCGAGGCAACGUAGGCGAUUGUGAACCCAAAAUUAUGGAGAGAUGGGAUCUUCAAGCUUGGCCUUUUCCUUAGCACGAAUUUUUUUUGGCCCUUGACCCUGGAUUAUGGUAGUCGAGGUUCUUCGCUCAAAGAAACUCGCUAAAUCUCUGCCUUCUCGGUCUCUUCUUAUCAAACCUUUUCUGCGAUGCCAGCUGGGGUGAGGUCAGUCAGAGGAACUUGGGUGCAGUCGUUGACCUCUCCCCAAUCUUUAUUGCGUCCAGCAUUCCAGAUCUCAUUUGUACAUCUGAAUUGUCCUCCGGAUCUUGUCUACCCACACCUGAUCUCUUUAUCCCAUCUUUAUGUCGGAGAGACUGAGUCAAAGUUUGAUGCCCUGUGAGGGCUACAUACACUAAGCCACUUACCAUCAGUCGCCGGAGUAAGCUAUUUGUGCAACUCUUUAGCGGAUUUGAAUGAUCAGAGCACGAUGUCAAGAAGGCUGGUCGAAAAUGCUACAAGGGAGGCUCAAGUAUUGUGGAGUAACCUGAUUGAGGAGAAGCCCCUGCUUCCCUUUCUUAUUCCUGUCUUUUUGUUGGCGUGGUUCCUUGAGCGAUGGAUUAUUCCCUUCUCCAACUGGAUACCUGUCUGCGUCAUCGUGUGGUCUACGGUUCAGUAUGGAAAGUACCAACGCAGACAAACUGUUGAGGACUUGAAUAAUCGGUGGAAGCGCCAUGUCCUAUCAUCCCAGCCAGACACAGCCCGUGAACCGUGCGAGUGGCUCAACAAACUCUUGCUCAAUGUGUGGCCUAAUUUUAUUGAACCGAAACUGGUUCAGAAGAUGCUUCAGCUUGUUCAGAGAAAGAUCAAAGAAAGGAGGCCGAGACCAAUUCAAAGUGUCGAAGUACAAGAACUUUCUUUGGGUACAGCUCCACCAGUUUUUGGUCUUGAUCGAACUUACUGGUCGUCGGAAGGUGGUCAGCCUACCCUACACAUGGGUUUCGAUUGGGAUACAAAUGAGAUGAGCGUGUUGCUGGCUGCGAAGCUUGGUGGUCCACUGCGUGGGAAAAUGGCUCGCAUCAUUAUAAACAGUCUUCACGUGAAGGGUGAUCUUCGGAUGCUACCCAUCCUCGACGGACAAGCUGUGCUGUACUCGUUUGAUGAUAUACCAGAGGUCAGAGUUGGAGUGGCUUUCGGUAGUGGCAGUCAAACGGCUCCCCAGACAGAGCUACCUGUUGUAUCAUCAUGGCUGGAAAAACUUAUCAAGGACACAUUAAUCAGGACAAUGGUUGAACCCCGCAGAAGAUGCUUCUCCCUACCAGCAGUGGACUUGAAAAAACAUGCUGUAGGUGGAGUGGUAAAUGUCAUGGUUGUAUCUGCUAAGAAUCUAUGCAAAGCGCCAGUACAAGCCGUGUCAAGGUCUUCAUCAGGUGAAAAGCGGAGCCCAAAUAAUAAUUCAGGAAGUCAGGGUGGUAGGGUUUUAAGUACUUUCGUGGAGAUGACAUUGGAGGAUUUGACUCGAAAGACCAGCUUAUGCUCCACUGGUGGUUCUGCGCCCACAUGGACUGACAAUUUUGACAUGGUCCUACAUGAGGACACUGGUACUAUCCACUUGAACGUCUACGAGCAAGGAACCAACAACAUGAAAUUUGAUUUCCUCGGUAGCUGUGAGAUUAAGAUGAAAUAUGUUUUAGAUGACUCAACAACUUUUUGGGCCGUUGGAGUUAAUCAAGGUGUUGUUGCUUGUCGAGCUGAACGCUGCGGUAAGGAGGUUACAAUGACCGUACCUCUUGAGAACUGCGUCAAGGGAGAGGUGACGGUAAAAUUAAAUUUAAAGGAAUGGCAUUUCACCGAUGGUUCUAAAGCUGUAGCAAAUUACAAUCCGUCAUCAAACAAUGUCGUGCAACAGCAGCCGUUGCUUGGCAUGUGGCCUUCUGCUCCUUCCUUGACCGGCAGGAAACUGCGAAUUGAAGCAGUGGAGGGAAGGAAUUUGGCUCCUAUGGAUAAGACUGGCAAAAGUGAUCCCUACCUGAAGUUACAUUACGGCAAGAUGGUCAGGAAGACGAAAACAAUCACCCAGGAUCUCAAUCCAGUUUGGAAUCAAACUUUCACGUUCCAGGAAAUAUCUGGAGGGGAGUACUUAAAAAUCAAGUGCUACGAUGCAGAUCGCUUUGGUGAUGAGAAUCUAGGCAGUGCACGUGUUAACUUGCAGGGAUUAGAGGAGGGCUCGCCGAAGGAUGUUUGGGUACCUUUGGAAAAGAUCAAGCAAGGAGAGAUUAGGCUGAAAAUUGAGGUUCUUGGUCUGGACACCGAUUUUGAUGGAUCUCAGAAUGGACAGAGUGAUGAGAACGGCACAGCACCAUCAGGCAGCAGGGUGGAGGUCGUAAUGAUAGAGGCACGAGACCUGGUAGGAGCUGACUGGAGUGGUACUAGUGACCCAUAUGUUAGUGUACGGUAUGGAAACAUCAAAAAACGAACCAAGGUUGUUUACAAAACACUGAAUCCUCAGUGGAACCAAACUUUGGACUUUACCGACGAUGGGAGCCCUCUAGUGCUGCACGUUAAGGACUAUAACUACAUGUUACCAGUUGUUAGUAUUGGGCACUGUGUUGUUGAUUAUGAGAAACUACCUCCCAACCAAACUAUCGAUAGGUGGAUUCCGCUUGUUGGCGUUGCUAAGGGAGAGAUACAUAUGCAGUUGACUCGAAGGCAGCCAGAGUCUGCUGCAGAGAGAGACAAACAUGCAGAAAAUGAAGGCUCGAAUACUUUGGGUAGUAUUUUGUCUGGUGUCAGUUCACCCCAAAGAGUGCCGGUUGGAACAACCAAGCUUCAGAGGACUUCCGGAAAGGUGCGAGCUCUCAUUCGGCGGGCGAUGGCCCUGGCAGAGGAAGAGGAUGACACAGACGAUAUCCGUGUUAUGCUGGAAGAGUUGGAGACUGCUGAGGAGGAAAGGGAUAGUGUGGUAUUGCAGUUGCAGAGGGAUAGAGACAUUUUGAUAGCCAAAGUUAAGGAGCUGGAUCAAGCUAUGUCCGGCUUGAUCUAGUGUGACAUUAGAUUUGUAAUGGUAGGAAUAUUCAUGGUCUCAAAGUAUGGUAGUCAUCCCGUGCCAUCAAUGGUAGCUUUGGGGCUCCUUUGAAUAAAUUGUCCAGUAAGCUGGCAUACACGAAGAUCACGUGCUGCUUUAAUUGAGUUCUGAUCCUCUGUCUUAAGGCAAGAGGUUAGCCUUACGGGUGUAGUACGGUGAGUGCCCGAUCACACUUAAUAGGUUAACUACAGCUGAGGCCAUCAUUCAUUUCUCGUAACUUUAUGGGGCAUUUCACAUACAUGCCCUGAUUGUUUUUUUCUCAACGUUCAGCACUACAAAGUCUCUUGAGAGGCUUCUGGGACCUUCAGUAGUUUGCACACAUGCGACAUCUGUUCACCACGCCUUCGGAGGCACUAGAAACAGAAUUUAAUUUCAACCACCGACUGAAAGGACACCCUUAUGUGAUCUGUGUGCAUAGGCUCUAGCCAAUAGCCAAUACAGAGUAUUAGGUAGGAUAUUUAGCGUUACUUUUGACACUCUGUAAGAAAAACUCAAUUUGCACAACUGUGGAAGGGAAGGGCUCUUCGUCUUCUAAUACAAUCCUCCUUGGUUAGCUGGGCGCUUGCGGUUGUUCAAGACGAGGAGAUUGUAAGUGCUCAUCGUGACCAUGGGGAUAGGCGUGGAAGAAGUGAAGAGAGGAUCUGUUUCGCUGUAACAGAGUUUGUGAAGUCUCCACAUAAUUGUGCAACAAUGCAGCAGUUAUAUUUGUACAUCAUGAUAUGUACCUCACUAAGAGAACAUACCUCACCGUCAGGUGAUGGAGAUAUUUAUCUAAGCUGUGUGGACACUGUUCUCAUAUCUACCCCGUGGGAGAGUAUAUUGAAGCAAGCCGUAGGUCUGGCGGGUUGGAAGUGUGGUGUAUCCAGUGGACAGUGAACACGCUAUAUUGGAUCGACGAAAUCUGUUCCUCGUCCGGGACUUUCUUUGUUAUUAGCGAUUCUUGCCAAAUUAUUACAGUAUUCAUCCAUAUCCAUCAAGUUUACCUUGUGUAAGUAUGAUUCGCAGUGCUAUACAUGAUACAUUUCUCAAUGACAAGAUUAAUGAAGCACUUGUAAUAGAACCCGGGCCUCAAUUUACACACGAACACGGAAGUAGGGAAGCGUCGAACGAAACAUCUAUGUACAUUAUCAGUUGUAUAAAAAAUACAAACCGUCGACUGGGUCAAUGUUAUUACCUCCU